UAGUAUGAUAGAUGUCAUAGUGACAAAUCGCACUCCCUGAAAAUAAUGGUGAAAAAAUAUGGCUAUUUUGAACACUACUGUGAUUUAACCCUAGUUGCAGAGAACAAUCUUCUCGAUAACCCCCCUUAUUUGCGAAAAACCAAGAAAUGGAUGCUUUCAAUUCGUAAAUAUAUCCUACUGAAUGAAAACGACAGAAGAACCAAAGACUUUUUCCGGAGUUAUGCCGCUGUAAGAGCAGAGAAGAGGAGGCACGCCCUGGAGUAUCCUACCACAAUUCAUCCUUUCAGUACAUUUGCAAUCUACAGAGAAAGAUUAUUAUGCAUUAUGUGGUUAUUCUGCUAUGUGACUGAUCCAAUAACAUGGUCUUUUGCCGCCGUUAGGACAGUCCAACACCCUUUAUUCAUAUUUCAGUCAAUUUUAGAUUGUUUGUUUUUAAUGAAUGCCUUCAUUACUUGCAACAUAGGCUUUGUUGUCCCCUUAACAAAAGAAAUAGUGCUUUCACCAAAAGAAACAUUCAAACACAAGUUCUGGACAUAUUUAAUACCGGAGUGCAUAGCUUGCUUACCUCUUUCACUUAUUUUAAAAAGGGGAUUUCAUAUAAAUACGAAAAAAAGCCGCUGGAUUGUUCUCUGUUACGUUAAAAUUCUCAGAUGCCUCAGGGUAUGCGACUUUAUGAAAUACCUCAACAACAUUUUCCACGAACUGAACAUUCGUGAAUGGGUAUAUACCUGGUUUGUCAUCUUUCUCAUCAACUUAUACCUCAUAUUUUGGUCGACAUGCUCUUUGUUCUUCGUGAGUUUAAUCUUUUUCACAUACGAUGGUUUACCUGAAAAUUCUUUCCUGAAAAAUAGAGCACCAGAUGGUAAGGUCGGCACAUAUAUCAUUGAGCCUGAAAACUCUUUUCACAACACCUUCAUCACUCUACUAACGACUGCAACCUGCCACUUUUUCGGAGCCAGUCAAGGGUAUGUACCAAUCGAAUUGCAAAUAGAAAAGUUCUUAUGUUCUUGCAUCAUGAUGUUUGGAUAUCUGGUUUGUAAUUUUGGUACCGCAAAACUACUGGAAAUAUUCGGCUCUUCGAGCAUAUCCGAAACAAAAUACGAGGAAUGGAUUUAUCAGGUGGCUGAAUAUGCUCAGUCGAAAAAUUUACCAGACGAUCUGAGAAAGCGCUUAAAAAUUUAUCACGAUUAUAAAUUUCAUAAAAGGUUCUUCAAAGAAGAUGUAAUCCUCGCUACUUUGUCAGAACAUCUACGGAACGAAGUUAUCCUUUACGGAUGUAGAAAUGUGAUGGAAAAAGUUCCUCUCUUCCAAGGCAUGCCAAAAGGAAUAGCUGGAAGUAUAAUAGGUUAUAUGAGAAGAGAGAUUUAUCUACCAAACGAUGUUGUCCUCAAAUACGGCGAUCCUCUCACUAAAAUGUUUUGGGUGUCUUAUGGAACGCUGUCGGUUCACUACGGUCCGAAUGCAGUAGAAAUUCUACAUUUUGAAGAUGGGGAUCACUUUGGUGAUUUAUCAAUUACUAGAACUGGAGGCACAGCUCUUUUAACAGUUGUUUCCCUAGAAAUAUCGGAAAUAUUUACGUUGUACAGAAAAGACGUCAAACAUUGCACUGGAUUUCUGAAGGAAAUGAGCGACAGGAUAAGGAAGAUAUCUAGCGAAAAGAAGGAGUUGUAUGCUACCAUGGCAAAGAUGAUGACCAACGAGGAGGCCCACAAUGCUGUUGUAGCUGAUUUGAGACGAGGCAGAAUUUUGGAAAGUGAUAACUGGAGAAGAAAUCCUUGAUUUAUUAGUUUAAAAGUUUUCACUGCUUGAAUAUUGGUUGAAAUUUAAAUAAAAUUGUUU